AUGCCGGACUUCCAGUUCCUCACCACCGACAACCCAGAGGAGUUCAAGAAGGGGAACUACUUGAAACAGAUCCGUUCCCAUGCUAUGCUCAGCGUGAAGCACAAUGAGCAACAGCAACAGCGCUCCAAAUCCGGUCAGGCCUCGACAAAAUCGGCCUCGUCAUCAACGAGCACACAACCGAGCUCAAGCACCAGCUCCCCUCUGGUAAGUGAGAAGCCGCUCCGAGCUGGACGCCCGGUCAAGUUCGUGGACUACAAUCCCACCAAGGCCGCCGAAAAGGGGUCGCGAAAGCGCUCCCAGCAGAAUCAGGACGUCGAGGACAAUGAUGACGACCGCGCCAUCGCGACUAUUCCUAGGAAGUCGGCCAAGGCCAGGACGACUUUCUUCGCAAGGUAUGCCGACGCAGUGCUGGGCCCUCGCCAAGUGGGCCGCGGCGCUGAUGUCUUGAAUACCAUGCCCGAAUUCUCGAAUCCCAAGAUCAGCGUGUGGGACUUGAAGCGCCAAUUCGACCACCUCAUGCUGACGGAGACGAUGAAGAAGGUUUACUUUCCGGCCAUGGAUGGAUGUCGACACGCGUUCCUGAGCACGGCCUGCAUCAAGGCGACGUAUUCCGACAUGCUGAAUGGCUACGUGGAAGAGAGUCCCGCGACGCUCUACAUCAAGGAGGAGGUGUACACGAUGAUUCGCGAGAGCCUGGUGGAUCCGAAAAAACAGGCUGACGACGGAAUGUUUAUGUGUAUCGGCCAACUGCUUGCAGCAGAGCUGGUGCAGGGCGAAGAGGAUGUGAUGAUGACCCAUGAGCAAGGGCUGGAUCGGAUCGCUGAACACAGAGGAGGCCUGGACAAGAUCGGUGGGCAGGGAGUCGUCGCAAACGCCAUCUCUGCCGGUGCGCUCGUCUCCUCGAUUCUCCGAGAAGGCGAACCGCCACAACGCUUCUUCAACCACCUUACUCAACCAAUAGCUACAGCGACCACGACGCGUCUGGCCGAGUCGCCCAUCUUCUGCCCGCGCAAUGACUUUUACAGCAUCUCUUCGCUGUGCUCCGACAGCACGCUCCAGAUACUCCGGGACAUGAGAGACAUGACCAACUUGUUCGUCCAUUCCGAGAAUAUUGUGCGACGGCAGACGCUCCGCGACGAGUAUCCGUAUCCACGACAGCUCAGCUCGCAGUUCUGGAGCUUUCACAAUCGCAUGCUCGAUCUCCCACCCAACAGCGAUCCAAGCACCUUCUUUGACCCCACUGGAGGAAACGGUGGCGGCGGCGCCAGCCCCGACUUUGUGUACGAGGCGUGCCGCCACGCCGCGAUACUGUACUCCUACGCGAUCGCCGCCCGGGUCCCCAUCUCAACGGCCGGCCAAUAUUUCGAGCGUGCAUAUCCGCAAAUGGCGGUACGGGUCGAUCUGGUGAAGGUGGCGCCGGGCUUCUGCAACCACCCACCCUCGUCAUCGGCGGCCAGCCCUUCCCUCUCUUCCGCCGACGCCGGCAGCGACACUGCAUUCACACCGCCCUCGACGUCGGCCACGCCGAACAGCGUCUCCUUCUCUCUCCCCCCGCUCUCAUCGUCCACGCAUCCCGCCAUGGCCAUCGUGGACGCCAUCCAGCGCACCCCGAACGCCCAGGAUGCUUGGGGUGACCUUGUGGGCGUCCUGCUCUGGGUCACUUUGAUCGCGACGGUCGCGGCGCGUGCGCCUCCUUCGGCUCGCUGCUCGUUUGGCGAACACCUCGGCGGUGGCGGUGGUGGCGGUGGUGGUGGCGGCAGUCGUCACCCCUCAACGUCGUCGGCAUCGUCGUCGUCGAACAUGGCGGCUGCGGCGGCGGCCGCCGCCAACUCCCCUUCUUCUUCCUUCUCCACGGCUUCCAGCGCAUCGCCGGGGUCCACCACCACAUCGCCCUCCGCCGGCUGCGGCGGCACGUCAACCAACGCUUCCUCUCCUCCUGGCUGGACAGGGGCGGCGACGGACGUGCAGCGCGAUUACGAAAGAGCAAAGGCGCGGAAGAACUUGGCGUCGAUGGCGAUAUUGUGUACGAUUAAGCUGGGGUUCGAGCAGCCCGAGUCGAUUUUCCCGGCAUUGCGGACGUUUUUGAGGGUGCAGUCGUUGCUGAAGCGGUGA